GGCUCACGUGAUCGCGCCUAGGGAGAGAAAGCUUGACCCGCAUCUCCUGUGCUCACCCGGUGUCUCUGCGCAGCUCUCGGUUUCCCGCGGAGCGUGGCGGCCAUGCGGCUCCCGUCCGCAGCUGGGCCCGGGCCGGGCUGUCCCAGCCGCCUGCCCGCGCUGCUGCUACUGCCGCUGCUGAGCGGCUGCCUGGGGCUCGUGGGGGCGGCUCGCAGGCCCAACGUGUUGCUGCUGCUCACGGACGACCAGGACGCGGAGCUCGGCGGCAUGACCCCACUAAAGAAAACCAAGGCCCUCAUCGGAGAGAAGGGGAUGACUUUCUCCAGCGCUUAUGUGCCCAGUGCUCUCUGCUGCCCCAGCAGAGCCAGCAUCCUGACUGGGAAGUACCCACACAACCAUCACGUCGUCAACAACACUUUGGAGGGGAACUGCAGUAGCAAGUCCUGGCAGAAGAUCCAGGAGCCAUACACCUUCCCAGCGAUCCUUAAGUUGGUGUGCGGCUAUCAAACCUUUUUUGCUGGGAAGUAUUUAAAUGAGUAUGGAGCCCCAGAUGCGGGUGGACUGGAGCACGUGCCUCUGGGCUGGAGUUACUGGUAUGCCCUGGAAAAGAAUUCUAAAUACUAUAACUACACCCUCUCUAUCAACGGGAAGGCACGCAGACAUGGCGAGAACUAUAGCGUGGACUACCUGACAGACGUUCUGGCCAAUCUCUCCCUGGACUUCCUGGACUACAAGUCCAACUCUGAGCCAUUCUUCAUGAUGAUCUCCACUCCAGCGCCCCACUCACCGUGGACAGCCGCACCUCAGUACCAGAAGGCUUUCCCCAAUGUCAUCGCACCGAGAAACAAGAACUUCAACAUCCAUGGGACGAACAAGCACUGGUUAAUUAGGCAAGCCAAGACUCCCAUGACGAAUUCCUCAAUAAAGUUCUUAGAUGACGCCUUCAGAAGGAGGUGGCAAACUCUGCUCUCAGUUGACGAUCUUGUGGAAAAACUGGUGAAGAGAUUGGACUCGACUGGUGAGCUGGACAACACGUACAUCUUCUAUACCUCAGACAAUGGCUACCAUACAGGGCAGUUCUCUUUGCCAAUAGACAAACGACAACUCUAUGAGUUUGAUAUCAAAGUUCCACUGUUGGUUCGAGGGCCUGGGAUCAAACCAAACCAGACAAGCAAGAUGCUGGUCUCCAAUAUUGACUUGGGUCCCACCAUCCUGGACCUCGCUGGCUAUGACCUGAACAAGACACAGAUGGACGGGACAUCCCUGCUGCCCAUCCUGAAAGGGGACGGUAACUUAACCUGGAGGUCAGAUGUCCUGGUGGAAUAUCAAGGAGAAGGCCGUAAUGUCACCGACCCGACCUGCCCUUCUUUGAGUCCUGGAGUGUCUCAAUGUUUCCCGGACUGUGUGUGUGAGGACGCGUACAACAAUACAUAUGCUUGUGUGAGGACACUGUCAUCCAUGUGGAACCUACAGUACUGUGAGUUCGACGACCAGGAGGUAUUUGUAGAAGUCUAUAACAUAACUGCAGAUCCAGACCAGAUCACCAACAUUGCUAAGAGUAUAGACCCCGAGCUUUUGGGAAAGAUGAACUAUCGGCUGAUGAUGCUCCAGUCCUGUUCCGGGCCAACCUGUCGCACUCCGGGGGUCUUUGACCCUGGAUACAGGUUUGACCUGCGCCUCAUGUUCAGCAAUCAUGGCAGCAUCAGAAUGAGAAGGUUCUCAAAGCAUCCUCUGUAGCAGCUGUGCCCAGCCUCUGCAGUUGGAUCCUUGCACACCCUUUUCCGAUGAAGUAGUCGGAGUAAGAGCCCAGGCCUGGGGGAGCUCUGGCCUUGCUGUUUCAAGUCUUGUUUGAAAAUAACCCAGUCACCUGACUUCCGUACUGUGAAUCUGCCCCCGUCAGAAGUGGCUUACCCUGUCUCUCCUCAAAUGACAACCACCACUCCUGAGGUCUUUGUCCUCUCCUUGUCCCUUCAUCUUGGCUGGGCACAGUAUAAGAGUUCCCAUGUGGUCAAGUCUGAAUCUGUAAAACUCUUCUGAUAAACGGCAAUACUUUAGGGCAGAGAGAUAAAGCCUUUCGGUAUGUAGCUAGCCCCCAAAUCAAAAGCGCUCUCUAGCAUUUCACACUGAACUCCUCACCAUCAAACACACACAGCCCUGAGAAGAGCUGGAGAGAAAGUACGGUCACAACAUCCAUUGUGGUGUGGUAAAUGUGCGACUUGGCACCCAAGCUCUGCCCUAAGAUGCCCUCAGCUUUUCAGUGGCUCUAACCACAGGGAGCCCAGAAGCACUAUGGAGAAGGAACCGCCAGGGGGAGAUGAGCUAGCAGAUCGGGCUCUUGGAUCAGUGGGCUGAAGGGCUGCACUUAGAAGUGCCUGUCUGGACGGUUCUCGAGUAUCAAGGCCACACACAAGUCAUCCUGCUUGGCUGCAAUUAGCUGACAUUGUCAUUGAAAAUAUUAGUGUUUCCUGGUGGUGGGAAGGACCGGCUGCCUCAUCCCACCUCCCCUGCUCUCACAGACAUUCUAUUCCUUAAAGUCCAGUUCCACAGAGGGCUAAGUGCUGGCAGGACAGCAGAGUAGAGGGCCUGGUUCCAGCCUGUCUAGGCCGUGAGUGAGUUUAGUGCUACACAGCCUCUGCCAGCUUUAACUUUUAAGACAGAGCUAGAAGUCACUUUCAGAAUUCCAGAGGCCAUGUUGGGGUGACAGCCACUGAGUUUAUUCCUUUACCUCAUGUGACCCCAGCAACUUUGGUGAUACAGAGAGGCCAGCAGGCAUGGAAUGGACACCUCUGCUGUGGCUACUUUUAGAGGGAAAAAAAUUUUAAGUUUUAAACCAAAAGUUACAAAAUUGUGGCUAAGUGGCAUCAUUCACUCCACUCGGAUUCUAAACGUCAUCAGUGAAAUAGUGAAGUUGGCCUCAGUUGCUCCCAAGUAACAGUGAGCAGCUCCUGCCAGGCCUCGGACCGUACGUCCUGGUCUUCAGUCUGAAGGCUGCUCCUGAGAGCAGGUGACGUCAGAGUGACGACAGCCAUCAGCUGCAGUAGGUCUUCCUACCUCCAUGCCUUCACGCAAAGCAGGCGACACAGUGGGUGGUGGGACACGAGAUCCUCUGUACCUCCCAGCUAAGGAGCGUCCCUGCAAACAUCCAAGUAGACCUCAGCUUGUAACAGACUGCAGCAGGCCGCCCACGUUCUCUGGACUCACAGUUUAGACAUCUCCUUUGAUGCCCCAGUCCCUGUGUGCCGCCGCUCUUCAAAAGGGAGAGCCAUUAAAACCAACAUGGAGUGCAGACGCACCUUACGCAUCCCAGUUCUAAAACUGCCCUGCAGACACAGUUUCAAGGUGGGGUACACGUUAGAGUCUGAGUUCAGCAAGCGGUACUGUCACAAACACCUUUCGACUUGCCAGCGCCAGGGUUUUGUAUCAAAAUAGUAGGAGUGGCUAUGGAAGUUACACCUCUGUCUGUGGGAAGUGUUCUCAAACCUAGGAGCGUCUUUAUCUUAUUUUUUUCUAAUGAAAGAUGGCAGCCCAGAACCCUCAAGAAAAAGCAAGGAGUAUCAGCUGAUCACCACCGGGACAAAUGGGUGUCCUGGGGUUCUUUAGCUCACCAGCACUUUCCGCUCAAUGGACUUUGUAAAUUCUUUUAUUAGCAUCACCUGUUGUAGAAGCUCCUCUGCCCUGGACCUGUCAUCUCAGCCGCUCACUUAGAAAGUGCCCUUCAACGGACCCUGUUCACUGCUGCACUUUUCAAUGAAUUAAAACUUACUUCUGUUCUAGUGGGAA